UGGUAGUACGUCGCGAUCGAAUUUUGACGAACAAGCAGAGCAGCAUAAAAUUCAGCACAGGUGCUCCAUUGUUCAGCUAUAAAAAAAGGAGCAUAUGCUUGUAAGCCGGGUAACUAGCGAUUGUAAUCAAGCAUCCAGAAUCAAUCUGCUGGAGGUGAUGGAACGCGGAUCACCCGACAUCUCCUGGCUGGCGGCGUUGGCGUCCUUGUUGGCGCGUUUCUGCAAGGGUUCCCGCGCCGAGGGUGACGACGGCGACGACGACGGACCGGCCGCCGCCGGCGACCACGGCGCGACGCCGCGGCAGAUGGCUUCGGCUUCUGCCAAACACUUCUCCAGUGCUCACAAGAUAAAGUUCUGCUAGAAUCGUACUAACAGUUUUGUUUAUUGAAUCCUUUUUACCCUAAUACAAUAACUGCUUCAGCAGCUUGAUUGUCUGGUUGGUCUAUCUGAACUACCCUGCAUGAGAGGCCAAGUGUAAAUCUAUGAAAAAUGAUAGGGGCGGCCAAGGCCUUUCAAUUCCCGGUGCCUCACGUGCCGGCACCCUUGGCCAUGAAGGCGACAACUCACCCCGAAAGCCCCAAACUCACAUGCUUCUCCCCUAAAAAACAGAUCCAUGUUUCAUAAUCCAACCGAAAAGGCAAACGCUGCCCAAAUCCUCAACGUGCUCCUCCAUCUCGGGCUCUCGGCCUUAGCUAAGCCAGCUACUGCUGAUACCUGUUACUCCGCUUUGUAAUUUUGUUACUGCAGAGACAUGAUGCAGCGAACAGAGCAGGUGCGACGUACUGUACUGGCACUGUAGCAGCAUGGUAAUAACUUGGCGGUGGCUAUGGCGUUGGAUCGAUGCGUUGGCCACGUGAUCGAUGCUCUCAGAUCUGAGUGACGAUCGAGCACUGCGGGAGGAUAUCUUAAUCGGGAGUUAAUUUAAUCGCGGGCCGGAGUUGUUUACUGAUCCCUAAACGGAUUCCUCAGCUUUGCAGUUCUGCAGAGGGAAUGUUCUGAUCAGAGCAGAACAGAGGAGAGGACAGGAGAGGCACGUCCACCGAUCACGCACUGCCUGCCUGCGCUGUCAAUGAUGGGAUCAAAUCAUUUCGAUCGGGAUCGAUCUAAUCUAAAGAACUACUAAUCCGGCCGGCAUGCACAAGGUAACUACUCGCCAUUAGCCCUUGGACGUUUUCUUAUGUCUCGGAGCGAAACGGCCACGAAGCUUCGUGGGUUAUGCGGGACACAUGCUCCUUGUCGUUUUUUGGGCGCAACGACUUUGAGAGCUUAAGCUAAAGCUCUUCUUCUAUCUCCUAAUCAAUUUCAAAUCCUAAUUGUCGGAUGCUCACGCCGAGUCGGUUCACGAGAACCCUAACCUGCAACGCCGGUCACUCUCACUUCCCGGCUCAGAUUUGCCACACAGAUGAUUUGACAGUCUCGCCAAUUCGCCGUACGUGUUUCGCUUUCGAGCUAGCCGCGUCGUCGGGUUCAUGCACCGCCCCACGCAUCGACCGAUCGAUCGAUCGGUCGCGUACCGACGGGGACACGGGGUCCAUCCACGUAGAUCGUAGACGCAUCCCCACACACCGCGGGGCACGUGCACCACGGCACGUACUACGCGCGACCAAUCGAUCCAGGCAAUUACGGGUGAGUGUGACAUGGCCGUGCCCCGUGCACCGGUCCACGAACGCAGCAACACAACGCCCGGUGGUCGCGCGCGCGGGCCGGGAUCCCGAUCGAUCUCCCGUCCGUUUCGGCGAGCGCGUGGCAUGUCGCGCACGGUAGAUCGAUCGAUCGAUUCGACGCGCGCGCGCCUUCGGUUGGAGGCUGUAAAGGCGGCCCCCGUCCGCUGGCGCUGGGUGCGGCGGCGCUGGAAAUGCACCCGCGGCAUGAGUCCGUGCCACUGCCUGCCGGUGGCGCGCGCGCGCGUGGCGGCGGCGAGGCAAGCGUAGCUAGCAAACUGCUCGGGAAGGGCAGAAGGCCAGGUGUCGCGUGCGCCGCCGUCGGCGUGCAUGCGCGCGCAAAGGGCGGGGGUGGAAACGGCAGGAAAGCGCGAGGCCCCCACCCCGCAACACCGCCUCGCGCCACCGGCGGAGCACGUGAGCUGCUUAUAGCUAGCUAAGUAGCCUCUCCUUUUCCUUCUUUCGCUUCUACCUGCUGCCUCGUUUAUCCGAAGUUGGCAUUUGCUCUCCUCGGUUAAAAGUUGAUGUAUCCGCUGUCCCGCAAUUAGCGGUAACCGAUCGGUAGCUUUGCUGUCUCGUCGGUCAUCAAAAGGUUGGCCAUCACAGAUAUAUCGAUCAAAACUACCGUGCGCAAUACUUAAUUACUUUGCCGACGUACAUAUGUAGCUUUAACUAAACAACUACCCCUAUCUUAUAUUAUGAAACUUCUGCAGGUGACAUGCAAUGCUUUCGCAUCUGCCGGGAAACUAUUCUAAUUUCUCGAGGGGAUGUUCUCUUGUUUGCUUAAAAACCAUCUAAACGGUUAUGAAAAAUUCUGGAAAAAUUUGACAACAUCCAUACAACACAUAUAUGCAACUCAACUAAAUCUUAAGUCCAAACUCAACUCACACGUCGAGAUAUAAAAAAGACAAAUUCAGCCUAUGAAUAGUAGCGUACUGUUUAUAUCUAAAUUUGUCUUUUUUGUUUCUCGAUGUGUAGAUCGAAUUUGAACAUGAAUUUUGGUGGACUUGUAGGCAUCAUUAUACUCUAUAUUGUCAUUUUUUUUUUAGAAUUUUUUGCAACUAUUUGCAUCAAAUUUGAAAGAAAAAGGUAUACGGGGGAUAUCCCCUCGAGGGAUUAGAAUCCACUCCCUGUAUAGUAUGAUGAUGCAAAGGGAGACGUGGAUGUGAGAGAGUAUAAUCUAACCAUGAAACGUUUGUUAUAUCAAAGGUACAAAGUAUAAUACUACCAGCCAGACAGGCAGGGAGGCGGCAGGCAGCAGGGCUUACCUCCCUAGCUUAUUUGUUAUAUCAUUAUCAGUCUCCUAUCCUUCUCGACUCUCUCUUAGCCGACUAUAAUAAGGUCCGAGUGGACAACCGAAUUCGCUACAUUCCAUCAGUGUACUGCCCAGCGGCAAGAUCCAGGCGCCAUCUUUCUGCUGCAACGGCAGGCCGCUCGGCUUGGCAGCAGCGUCGACAGAUCUCCAGUGUCCUGUGUCCCGGGCGCCAAUGCAGCUUUUCCAAGGAGAGGAGCCGGCUCAUGACUUCCUCUCGCUCCGCGCCGGCGGCGGCUCGUCGUCGCCGCCGUUCCAGCACCGGGAGGAGCAGCAUUCCAGCCAUUCAUCGCGAGGAUACGGUAUGGAGAUCCGCAGAUCACUGAGGCCACUGGACCUGGCCAAGCAGCGCGGCCGCAGCAGCGGCAAUGGCACGGCGGCGGGGAGUGCCGUCGACGGCGCGUCGCCGGCAGGUUCGGACUCGGAGGAGCACGUGCUACCGGGCGGCGUCGGGACGUUCAGCAUCAGGCACGCGUCCGGUACUCCGUCGAGAGAAGAGGCCGGUAGCCAUGGCGGCGUCAGGAGGAGUGCGUUCGCAUUUGCACCUGCGCUUCAUGGCGCCAGGAUGGAGAAUGCACAUGAAACAGGAGGAAGAUCUGGGAGUAGGGCUCACCGUGCGCCGUCGACGAUGUGGCAAGAUUCUGCCAUUGAUCAAAGAUCCAUAGGCCAGACACCAUAUGAAGCAACAAGAGCAGAGGGAAGAAGUAGCGCCAGCAGCGCCGAUCAGGGACCCAGCACUCCGAGAUCAAAGCAUUCAGCAACUGAGCAGAGAAGGAGGACCAAGAUAAAUGACAGGCUUGAAAUACUUCGUGAACUCCUGCCACACACUGAUCAGAAGAGAGACAAAGCUUCUUUCCUUUCGGAGGUUAUUGAAUACAUAAGGUUUUUGCAAGAGAAAGUCCAAAAGUAUGAGGAAGCCGAUCCAGAAAGGAAUCACGAGGAUUCCAAAUCCAUGCCAUGGGCAAAAGUCUACUAUAGAUCAUGCUGGAGAAACACAAAGAACACCAGUCAAGUCCAGGGGGAAGAUUUGUCACCAUCCACACAGGACAUGAACAACGAACAGUACGGUCCCAAGCACAUAUCGGCAGCACAACCUGCUCUCUUCAACACACAGAGUGUAACCAGUACAACCACCAGUUCCUCCCACAUGGCAACAGGCACACCACAAAAUUUGGAAAAGAACAGCACACCCAGCAAUCAGCCACCAUGGCUGAGCAUGUCAACAAUGCGCCAAGAGUCUGAACCAGGCAACAAAAUGCCGAACAAGCAUGAGAAACAGACCCUUCACGAUGAAAACCAUAGUAUUUCUAGCGCUUACUCUCAAGGAUUAUUCAACAGAUUGACAGAAGCUCUUAAAAAGUCAGGACUAGAUCCAUCUCAAGCUAAUAUAGCUGUAGAGAUCAACCUGGCCAAACGAGCAAGAGAUAAUACUAGUGACAACUCAAAGAUCAAUGAAGAUGAAGAGCCCAUCCAAAUAACCAAGAGGCGGUGCAAUAAAAGCUAGAACUUUUUCUCCAAACUAGAAAAUUCAGACAUCAUCAAGUUCAGACAAUAACUUGGUAGCAGCAACCACAAUCCCCAAUUGAUGCAAUUAUUUUAUUUAUAUUGCAACAACAAUUAACUAACCUAAGCAUCCAUUCAUAUACCAUUGAAGCUCCUUCAGGGGAGGUCUUGAGGACACUCCCCAAUUUCUCAUUCAUCAUCUGUAAAUGUAGUCCAGAAUUCCAUAUUCUAUAGCGAGUAUAUGUAUUGCUAUCUCUAAAAAUUCCCAAUUCAACUCAUUCGUUCAUACACUUGAUUGUAAAUUUUGUAAUGCCAUUGUACCAACCUUCCGUAACUCCAUUCAUUAAAUUGGUUACUACAGCUGUAAAUAAUCACUGUACUAAACUGAACUUGUGAAUUUGCGAUCUACUAACAUCAAUGAGGCAUCGAGAUGGAUGUGUAUAUCA